CGGACUUUCUGCGUACAGGAUGGCCUCAGGGGUCAAGCAGGUCACAAUUUGAGCACGUCGCUAUCAUGCAGACUCUUCGGCCAGGGCUCAAAGACUUACACGGGACAUACGAGCCCUUGACGUGGUCUAACAUACCAUAUGCUCACGCUUGGCUUAUAGCCUACCUUUUCAUGGCGUACCUAACGAGGAGACCUCAUACCCAUAUAGUUCGCCUGCUAUUCCUGCCCAUCUUCGUGUAUUUCAUGUUCUGGUGCACUCUGCGGUAUCGCAUCGAGGACCCCAGAUUCGGUUGGUACAAUUGGCUCAGAGGGCUGCUCGCUCUGGCAGCCACGGCCCAAGCAAUUACUUUCGCCUCACGUCCCGAGGGCCUCCUCAGGAUCGGGGAAAUCCGUCAUGCACCACUCCCAAAUGAAACUUACCAACAACCGUAUGGGAGUGGAAACGGCAUAGUUCCACAGACGCCUGAAUCAAGAGUGAUUGUCCUGGCAUGUAUCUCAGAUGCCUUCGAGGUUGGCGUCCUUGCUCGCGGCAUUGGUUGGCAGUAUGCGUACGGACUACACGUGCCAAAAGCUCGUCGCCCCUCAGAACGGAGCUCAUACUUGAAGUCGACGCUGAUUUCUGUCAUGCGAGCAUACCUCUUUGUCGAUCUUAUCGACUCCUUCCUCGACACGCUACCCGGCAUAACCGCGACAACUGGAUCAUUGUACUUGCCCGCUUUAUCGCCUGUGCUGCGCUAUAUCGUUGCUACAGCGCUACACGUCCUCGCUGGGUUCGUUAUCAUCCUUGGGAUAGAGAUGUGGUACGACAUCGCUUCGCUGGUUGGCGUCGGUGUCUUCCAGCAAUCUCCCUCUUUAUGGCCUCCAUUCCACGACGAACCUUGGUUCUCGAGCUCCCUGCACGAAUUCUGGUCAAAGCGGUGGCACCAGGCAUUGCGACAAACGUUCCUCGUAUACGGGGGUUAUCCUGGAUGGUGGGUCGCGGGAGACCUGGGGAUGCUGUUUGGUACAUUCCUUGCCUCCGGGUUGUUCCACGAGAUCGGCCUAUACGUGGCUGGCGAGCCGAUCGACCCCUGGGUCACCCUAUUCUUCUUCGCGCAGCCGUUCGGCAUUCUUGCGGAGAAAUUCUACAAGAAGCAAACAGGACGGAGGGUGAACGGAACGCUUGGGGUAGUCAUGGUCGUUGUCUUUGUAUACCUCGCUCACUCGCCAACAGCGGACUCGUGGCUACGUCGAGGCAUGGGAGGGAAGGUCAUAACGCCGCCAGCGUUGAGUCCUGCUAGACGGAUUAUCAUACCUUACCUCCGAGGUCUUUGUGAGAGUCACUAA